AUGGAUUCUGAGAUAGCCCAUAUCUCGCGCUCCUCGCGGUUGAACAACCCAGUAAAGCUCGAUACAAGAAGUAAGGUGGAGGUACCGGCAGAAGUAUGGGAACCGUACAGAGAUGGCCGGAGCUUUGGUGGUCGCACGAACCCUGAGAAAGCCAAAUCCGAGAAGGACGAGGAGGUCCAAAACGACGAGGAGGGUCAGACCUGGGACGAAUACGACGAUGAAUACGACGAUGAAUACGACGAUGAAUACGACGAUGAAUACGACGAUGAAUACGACGAUGAAUACGACGAUGAAUACGACGAUGAAUACGACGAUGAAUACAACGAUGAAUACGACGACGAGGGCGAUGACGAGGGCCAGGAAGAUAGACCAGAUGAAAACGAAGACCAGGGCACACCCGCAGGUAAAACCAUCAAACAUAGCAAACCAAAUUUCAUCAAGGAUUUCUCAGAUAUUUCUAGCACUUUAACACCUGAGCAAUGGAGACCGGAACCCGAGAGUGCAAAACUGCCAGCUCCUCUGUUGAACGUUGGGAAGACUCGGAUUACGAUAUCUGAUAAUUUGAGCACCGACGAGAACAAGAAGAAUCGGCGUCUCUUGGCUUUGAAGCCCAGAUCACCAAAGCCUGCUUCUAAAUUGAAUCUCGACAUAUCUGACAAUCAACUCGAAAGCUAUAACCCUGGUGAGAUAGGACCAGGAGUACCAGGAGGAUUACAGGAGACCCACAUACUCCAGGCAAACCACGCAUCGCAGGAGAACCACACACUGCAGGGAAACCACGCAUUACAGGAUUAUCAAAUGCAACUGAUGCUCCUAGAGCAGCAGGAGAAGAAACGACUUAUAAUGGCCAGGCAGGAACAAGCGAACGAAGUUUUUGGCGGCAGCGAAUAUCACGGUCCGGUAACGUAUGGCUAUAAAAUACUUCAAGCCAAUGGUCAUGACUCUCUCAAUCACAGUGAUCAGAUGAAGAGAGGACCGGCCCACAUGGAUAAUUUUGGUAUGACAUCAUUGCCUCUACCUGAAGGUCAAAUUAUCUGCUCUGAAAGCGGCUCGGACAGCGGCGACUUCAACUAUGACCCAUAUGGCUAUCCAGAUGAUUCGAUCAUGAACUCUCCAUACUUGAACAAAAUGAGCCCAAAUAAUAUCGAUAUCUCCGGUAUACGUCCUUCAAGCUCUUAUCCUGUAGCUGCCUCCAAUCAAAUGACCCCACAACAAAUGACUAUGAUCCAGCAACAAAACGCACUGCAAAAUCAACAGCAAAUGGCUAUGAACCGUCCGCAAACUUUCUCCCAUACUCAAAAUGAACCCUUGUCACCUCGAGUGGAUUCUGUUAUCGAUCUGUUCUCAGCCUUGGGGAUCGAUGCUAUCACGAUGGGCGUUCCUUCAGAAUCUUUGAAUAACGUCCAAGCCUUUCGAGAGUAUCUAUUACAGGUGAUACAAGCCAAGAAGCCAAACCGGUACCUGAUAUUACAUCGUAUCAAGGGGAAAAAAGAUCAAAUAUACUUUGAUCCACCAGAAUGGGUUGUGGGACAGUCUCAUACGAGAAUCUUGAAGUCGAGGCUACCAUUGUCCAACUUAACGGAUUAUCUCGACAAACAUACCGACAUCAGCUUUAUCGUGUUUCGUGACUACGAAGAGAACGACAUGCCAACGAGCAAAGAGAUGACCGCAGCGGCAGUAGACAAGGACACUGGUAUUACAAAGUCUCCGGUGCACAAAGAAGAAAAAAUACUUGCAGUAUCAGAAGAGUUGACGGAGGCGAUAAAAUCGAUACUGAAAUUCAAGCCAAACUUUUCAGAUCUGUUAAUAUUGAUUGAGAAAGAUGGGGCAGAGCUCCCGUCGCCCUUUGUCUUCAUCUACCAUUCGCGAGCAGUUAUUAAAAGGUUGAUGGAGGACACCUCUGAUCCCAGCGCGGUCCGACAGCUGAAGCUCAUGAUUGAUUACAUCUACAAGAACUAUGGAAAAGAAUAUGACACUGCGGAUACCAUGUUUGACGAAUCCCGUGUUGCUAUGCCAUAUGUCAAGUACCUGUUCAAGCCAGGAGAUGUGCUGGUGAAAGGCACGGGCGCUGACUUAAACGGUUAUGUGUUGGAGACUUGGCCGCUAAAGGUCACCUCAAUUACGGCAGGUCUGAAGGAAGAUGGGGAGAAGAAACCUCGCUCACAGUAUACAAUGGAAGUCCACUCGUGGUCAUUUGACGGUGCCUUCAAACGGGUCAGCACUCGGCUUACAUUAGAAAUAGAUGGAAGUGAAAAGACAGAAUAUGCUAUCGGAGAUUUGAAUGUCAGACCAAUUACAUAUGCCAGUGACGAGGACAGGAAAACACUUCAAAGUCGCGGAGAAAUGUUCUGGAAGUGUAGAGAGAGACAUUUCGUGUCAUAUCAGGAGCAUGGUCGUGGCGAUUUACACGGCGCCAGUGAAGAAAGAUAUAUGAUCGACAUGAAGACAUUGCGCGAGCUCCACCCAGAAGAUGAGAAGAAAAAGAAGGCGCCCUACCCAGAAGAUGGGAAGAAAAAGGCCUCCAAUACUUUAGAUGAAGACGCCAUGGCGCAAGACGGCCCCCCAGAUCCGAGUUUCGUGUACUUGCUUCCUCAAAAGAUCACUGGCUACAACAUGCGGCGCAAAGAAUGGGUCGAGCUCCAUGCCGAUUGGUUAUCCGAGGUGAUUUGGGACAAGAAGGCGUUCAAAAAGUUGGUGCUUGCGCGGAAGACGAAGGACUUGGUUGAAGCUUUGAUUGUCAAUCAAAUUGCAGCCGAGAAAUCGACGGAUCUGAUCAGUGGAAAGGGCAAUGGUCUCAUUCUUCUACUACACGGAGGGCCAGGUACUGGCAAGACUCUAACUGCAGAGAGUGUUGCCGAAAUUGCAGAGAGGCCUCUAUAUAGGGUCACUUGUGGAGAUAUUGGAUCAGAGCCUGAAGAAGUCGAACAGUACCUCUAUUCAGUGCUAGACUUGGGCAAAGCCUGGGGUUGUGUCGUUCUGCUCGACGAAGCCGACGUCUUCCUUGAAGAAAGAAGUAUGAGCGACAUUAAAAGAAAUGCACUUGUAUCUAUUUUCCUCCGCGUUUUAGAAUAUCAUGAUGGUAUCAUCAUCCUCACUAGCAACCGUGUUGGCACUUUCGACGAAGCGUUCAAGUCGCGCAUUCAACUUGCCUUGCACUAUCCAUCACUGACAAAAGUCAAGCGCUACGAGAUUUGGACAAUGUUCAUAACGCGGCUCCGAGAGCUUGGAGAGACGCAAGUCGACUUUUCAGACCUAGAAGAUCAUCGGUGGGACUUGGCGGACUAUAAGCUCAAUGGACGACAGAUUCGAAAUGCGAUUCAGACAUCGCGGCAAUAUGUGUCUUGGAAGGACACGAAGGAGAAGACGACGUUGAAUUUUGAGAUUUUGAAAGAGAUUAUCGAGAUUUCAGGAGAAUUUGAUGUCUAUAUAAACAAAUUGAAUAAUGGGAUGUCUCCGGAUCAAUUAGCUGAGGAGGAUGGGCUAAGACUUGCAGAAGUCAGAGAGUGA